GCCUAACGUGCGUGUUUUUGUUUGUCUCCCCCAGGUCAAGCUGGUGCAGCACACGUACUCGUGUCUGUACGGGACGUUCCUGUGUAACAACGGGCGGGAGAGAGAGGUCCGCAACAUCUACAACCGCACCUGCUCCGUCUGGUCUCUGCUCCGCACCGCCAACAAGAACUUCCAGAACUUCCUCUUUAUCCCCGGUCAUGAUAUGGUGUUGCAACCGGUGUGCCACACCCGGGCCCUGCAGCUGUGGACGGCCGUCUACCUGCCCACCUCUUCCCCUUGCACCUCUGCCGAGGACGCCAUGGAGCUCUACCUGUCCCCCAGCGUACAGGGAGACGAGCUCACCUCACGGUCCCUGGACAGGCUUCCUAAGACUCGCUCCAUGGACAACCUGGUGUCUGCCUUUGAGAACGGGGUGGCCCUCACCCGCACCUCCAGCGACCCCAACCUCAACAAGCACUGUCAGGAGGGCCGUACUGCCCAUGGCCUGGAGCCUAUGGCUUCUGUAGGAGGAGGGGCCGCACCCGACAGCCCCGAGGACGUCAGCCCUGACACGGGAUUGGAAAGCGACGACUCGGAGGUGGAGCCCGUCACUCAGACUCCUCCUACCACACCUGUGGAGAUGGAGCAGAGGGAAGAGGGCUUCGAGGAGGCGGAGAUGAGAGAGGAGAUCUGUCUCACCACCCAGCCCCUGCCCUCCCUGCCCCUCCCCCCCAUCGCACUGGAGCAGGGCCUCCCCCACUUCCCCCCUCUCCCCCUGCUCACACCCAUCCUCCACCAGGCCCUCUCCCAGACCACUAGCCCCCCAGUUCCUCCCCCUCGACUGCCACAUCAGACGGCUGACAGUCACUCCAGGACUGCCUCGGUCACUACCCGUCCUGGCUGCAUACCAUCACCACCUGCCUGGAAGGGCCCACUACCCGCAGCCGUUCUGAACGGGCCUAUCACCAACGGCCUCCAGAACGUCCCCUCCGCUUCUGCAGAGCUGCUGGCACUCGAGCAGCUAGUUCCCAUGUUCCCUACGGCCAUGGAGGACUCCACCGAGACGCUUACGGACGAAGCAGAGGCCCCACCAACGCUGCCCCCUAGCAGGAGAGAAAGUCUAGGCCAGCCCAAAGCCCUAGAAUGGGCCUUACCCAAAACCCAGGGAGAGGAGAGAGAGGGGAAGAGGACAGAGAGUGUGAGUGGUAGAAACUUGGUGCCUCUGAGAGAAUGUGUGGUAGCAGUACCAACAUCAAAGGAAGCAGCAUCCUCUGCCUCCACAGUGCCCCCUGUUGACAACAGCCAGGCGGUGGCAUUGCGACGCCCCAUCUCCCAGAGCCAACUGCGUGUCAGUGAGGAGCUGUCUCUGCUGGGCUCUCACUGGGAGAGUGUCCAGGGCAUGGUCCAGUCUGCCUGCAGCACUGCAGCCAGCCACUCUGGCCUCUCAGCCAACCUCUCGUCAGGCUUCUGUCGGGCCCUCCAGCCCACGGCCUACCAGAGCCGACGCCUGGCUGGCAAGUUGCUGCGCACCCAGGGCAUGGCCGUGCCUAACGGGGUGCCUAACGGGGGUUGGCAGUACGGCCGGAGGGAGGAAAGGAUCCGCUCCUCGGCUCCAGCCCCAGCCACCUCCAGCCCUGUCAAGUCAGGGUCCAGCUGGCUCUCUGCAGUCAGGAGCAGCUCGGGCUACGCUGCCAUCAUGGGUCCAACCACCACCAGCUCACCACCCACCUUUUCAACCUGCCAGCUCCUCCCAACCUCUCCCUGCUCCUCAGCCUCCCCUUUGCCCCACCCGGCCUACCUGGAUGAUGAUGGGCUGCCGGUGCCAAUGGACGCGGUGCAGCAGCGCCUCAGGCAGAUGGAGGCGGGGUAUAAACAGGAAGUGGAGGUGCUGAGAAGCCAGGUGCGCCAGCUGCAGAUGAGGCUGGAGAGGAAACAGUACAGCACGCCGCCCUCCGAGCCUGACGUCGACUACGAGGACGACAUUACUUGUCUGCGUGAGUCAGACGACAGUGAUGAGGAGGACAGUCUGUCAGACCACAGCGAGGACCGUUUCUCAGAGGGCAGCUGGGACAGAGUGGAGCAGAAGGACACAGAGGUCACGAGGUGGGUGCCUGAUCACAUGGCCUCUCAUUGUUUCAACUGUGACUGUGAGUUCUGGAUGGCCAAGAGACGUCAUCACUGCAGGAACUGUGGCAAUGUGUUCUGUAAAGACUGCUGCCACCUGAAGCUGCCCAUCCCAGACCAGCAGCUGUAUGACCCUGUCUUGGUGUGUAACGUCUGCUACGACCUACUGCUGGAGGCUAGGAACAGAGAGAUCCGCAGCCAGCAGCUCAAGAAGCCCAUCGCCACAGCCUCCAGCUGAGAGACAGGAGAGAGAGCCCUUUACUGAAUGGCUCAGUCUGGCCUGGCUUGGCUCGGUUCAGUUUGGCCCAGUUAGGACCUGGAUCAGCACCAUCUUGGAUCAGCUUUUGGACAGACAUGAGCCAAGUGCCCCAUUCCCACUACCCUAACAUGGUCUGGUCUUGGCUGUGGGGGAAGAUGAGAAGGACUUGUUGCUCUGUGGAAGGGAGGCAAAGCUUGAGAAUGGAGAGAGGCCGCUGACUGCUGGGGAUGAGAGACACCGAGUGGAGUAGAAGAGGGGAUGGUAGUGAAUGAAAUGUAGGAGGAAGAGGAGCAGAUGUUAUAGAGGCUAUCCCACUGAGUUUAACCCCUUUUGGUCAAACACAUUUCCAGCUUGGAAGGAAGGCUUCAGUGUCCUGCCCUGUUCUGCCCCGCCCUGUUCUGCCCUGUCCUGCCCCGCCCUGUUCUCUCCUGACCUGACCUGUUCUGCCCCGCCCUGUUCUGCCCCGCCCUGUUCUGCCCUGCCCUGUCCAGUCCUGGGGCUGUUGUCCUCUAGUGGUGCACCAUAACCCCCCUGAUGUCCCAUAUCACACCUCCCUGCUCCUGUAAACCUACUAGGAGGUGUUCCAUCAUCUCAACCCCCCCCCCCCCCCCCCCCCCCCCCCCACACACACACA